UGGCAAAGCAGCCCGCGCUGACCCGGGUUUCCUCUGCAGUGAGUCGGUGUCCGCACUGUUGUCAGUCGGUGUGGAGCUAUCAUGACGUCUACGCAUACAUUUCUCGGGCUGGAGAGCGACAGUAAGCCCAGCUCCAGGGUGCUGAAGCCCCCUGGAGGAGGUUCAAGCUGCAUCUUUGGUGGCCCAGAGGAAAGCGCCGCUCCAACCAGGUCACACCGAAUGACCUCCAACAUCUUUGGGACACCAGCAGAGCCUCAAAAUGCGCCAAAGAGAUCUAAUCCUCCGGGUGGCAAGCCAAGCGGCAUUUUUGCAGACACCCCAGCAGCUCCAAUCUCCCAACGAGCGCACCCAUCGCCUGCGAAGAGCAGCAAUAUAUUUGCGGACGGAGAGCUUCCAAACAGCCCCAAAGCACAUCCCAACAAACCAAAGGAUAACAUCACUCUGAAAGAACCGGAAGUUAAAGAGAACACCCCAGUGAAAGCCGCCCCCCCUGCUCCUGCACCCAAGGAAGAGAAGCCUCCGGCCCCCAAGGAGGUAAAACCUCCAGCACCGGAUCCAGCGCUGGCCGCCCAUGAACCCCACUUAGGUCCAAGGCCUCGGUCUCACAACAGAGUCUUGAACCCUCCAGGAGGCAAAUCCAGCGUCACCUUCUAUUAGCCGCUAUAGAGUUUAUCGGGGUGAUGUUAUGAUGGAUAACAGUACGCAAACAACUGGAAAAAAUGUUAAACUUUGGAAAGUAGUGUUUUAUUGGACCUUCAUUUCCACUAAAACGAAGAAUGUGGUCCCAUUUGCUACCAGAUGAUUUAAAGCCACUCGCCGCCCUGUGUGUUCUUACGUCUUACAAAUACCUUUAUGCUAAAAUUCUUAUUGGUGUUUCUUGUCCAAUGAUGGCUAAAAAAAUAAUUCAGGUAAUUGACACAUCAUGCAAAAAAGUGAAAUUUUUAUGGUAUUUUCCCAUUAAAAGCACGGAAGAAUUAUAAGUACCGUCCUGCUUCUUAGAAAGUGGAAUUUGAUUAGAAGCCUGUAGUACUUUUUGGUUUAAUUUAACCUAUUUCGGUGGAUUGCUGACAUCUUUGGCACUUAACAGGUACUACAUUAGAAGUCCAUUUACCUUUAUGCCAGGUGUCCAAAAGACUUUGGCUACUGCCUCCUGGAGCUGAUUAUGUGUCUUAUCUCUUUAAAGAGUAGAAUCUGAUGGAUUGCAUGGUCGUCCCCUUUGUCAAGUAAUCAUUUUGUAUAUUUUCUGUUUCCUUUGGGCCCGUCGUGAAAUAAAUACAUAUCCUCCUUUUCUGUUUCAACAAAUGUGGCUUAUCGAAAAGCUUUCACCACGACUGAUAAAAUAAAUGGCACGUGGACAUUC